AUUAGUGUGUGUUGAUUUCGAGCGGUGAGAAGAGUUAUGUUACGGACCGCAUUAUUAAAAUACAUAACUAAUUUUGGUAUACAGUUAAAGUGCACCUAAUAAAUACAAAGGAAAUGUUCAAAACUAUCGUGCAGUGAAUCCGAAAUUAACAUUCAAAUUUGAUCAAUCACUUGCAAUGCGGAUUUUGCGGCAGAUUUUGUGAUGCGCACAGAGCAGCGCCUAUCAACGCGUAAAGAAAACGGCCAAAAAAGUAAAGCAAAUGAAAAUCGAAGAAUACCAGUGAAAAUUUUCGAAUAGUUGGCAAUAUUAAUAAUCAAGUGCAGGCAAUAUAUAUGUAUAUAGAUGAAAAUACAUAUAUACUUGCGUAUAUACAUAUUAAAAGUGUCCAGGGAGCGCACCAGCGACUCAGCGACAGCAGCGUCGUCGGGAACAGCAGCCACAACACCAACGGUCGCGAUUGCAACAGCGACGACGACGACGACGCCAUCAGCGGCAGCAGCAGCAGCGGCAGCGGCAGCGGGAGCGUUGGCCACACCGACGGCAGCCAACAGCAAUUCGUCGGCCUCGUCCAGCACAGUGGCAGCUGCACAGGCGGCUGUCUACAGCGGCGGCAACACGGUGACCGGCAGCCUGGGUAGCAGCGGGGGCGUGGCAGUGCGCGGUUUUCGCAGCCACAGCCCCACACACCGGCGACACAGCCGUGAGCGCCAGCGACGCACACAUGGCUCCGACCAAGGCGGUCUCCUGGCCUACAGCGGCAUGGUAGGCGAUAUGACAGACUUUGGCGUCAGUCUCAGCCACGGCGGCGGCGGUGGCAGCGCCGGCACCGGCAGUGGCCUAGAGGACUCGCGUCUGUCCGGCAACGAGGACUACUACGCUUCUAUGGCAUCGGAUGAGUUUGAUAGCAGCAAGAAGCUGCACCAUCGACGCCAUGAGCGCAGCUCCAGCGUGCAGGCCAUAGAUCGUCUGAAUACGAAAAUACAGUGCACCAAGGAAUCCAUCAGGCAGGAGCAAACAGCUCGGGAUGAUAAUGUGAACGAGUAUCUGAAACUAGCAGCCAGCGCCGAUAAACAGCAAUUGCAACGCAUUAAGGCGGUGUUCGAGAAGAAGAACCAGAAAAGCGCACACAGCAUAUCGCAGCUGCAAAAGAAACUGGACAAUUAUACCAAGCGAGCCAAGGAUCUGCAGAAUCAUCAAUUUCAAACCAAGAGCCAGCACCGGCAACCGCGCGAGGUGUUACGCGACGUCGGCCAGGGACUACGUAAUGUGGGCGGCAAUAUACGGGACGGCAUUACGGGUUUCUCCGGUUCGGUGAUGUCGAAGCCGCGCGAAUUCGCGCAUCUCAUUAAGAACAAAUUCGGCAGCGCGGACAAUAUAAAUCAGAUUGCUGACGCUGAGCUUCAAGCCAUUCAAGCGGCAAAUGCGGACGCCCUGACAGCGGCCAAUGAGCGAUUGCUGCAUCAACCCGGCCCUGGCACCUCCACGGGCUCCGGUGGUGGCAACAACGUGAACAACAACAACGCGGGCACUGGCAGCGGCACCGGCAAAUUCAACAGCGACAACGGCAGUGAGUGCAGCAGCGUAACCAGCGAAAGCAUACCAGCGGGAUCUGGCAAGAGUCAGUCGGGCGCCAGCCAGUACCACAUUGUGCUCAAGUCCCUACUCACUGAACUGUCCGAGCGCAAAGCGGAGAUCGAGAAGCUUAAAGAGCGAGUCGAGCGACUUGAGACUAGCCAAAAGGAGUUUAACAAUUUGACAGCCACUCUCGAAAGUGAACGCUUCCGUGCUGAGGGACUGGAGGAGCAAAUCAAUGACCUGACGGAAUUGCAUCAGAAUGAAAUCGAGAAUCUGAAACAAACAAUUGCUGACAUGGAAGAGAAAGUACAAUACCAAAGCGAUGAAAGACUACGUGACGUCAACGAAGUGCUCGAGAAUUGUCAAACAAGGAUAUCGAAAAUGGAGCAUAUGUCUCAGCAGCAAUAUGUCACCGUCGAGGGCAUUGACAAUUCAAACGCUCGCGCCCUGGUUGUGAAACUCAUCAAUGUGGUCUUAACAAUAUUGCAAGUGGUGCUUCUGUUGGUGGCAACCGCUGCUGGCAUUAUAAUGCCCUUUCUCAAAACGAGGCUUCGCGUGCUGACCACAUUUUUAACGAUUUGCUUUAUAAUCUUUGUGAUACGCCAAUGGCCGGAUGUGCAGGAUAUAGGCUCAGGCCUUGUGCGGUAUCUCAAACAGUCGCUGGUGGUGAAAUGAGACGGCGGUGAUGACUCCAUGUUCGACUAGUAGUUUCGUAAUAUUGAUAGUAUUAAGUUAAAAA